AUGAAUGAAAGAGAUUUGAGGUUUCUCGUAAAGCAGCCAAGGUGGAUGUGGACCUUAUUUGGCACAGUUGCUCAUGCAACCGAUGGCAUGCCCUGCUUACAUGCACUUGCUGCCAUUAGGAAGAGACAUGACACACCUCAUGACUAUGUUCACCCUUGGCUAUGCAUGGAGUCCAUUAGGAGGAAAUAUGCACACUGCAUUAAGCCUGUUCCAAGUCCAAAAUUUUGUGCAAGAACUGAGUUCUCAAAGCCAGACCCACCCAUUACCAAAAGGCCAAUUGGACGGCCAAAGGUUCAUAAUAGGCAAAAGGAUCCUGCGGAGCCACUCAUGCAAGAAGAAAAACUAAAGAGGUCAUUCAUUGUAUCCAGCUCCAAGUGUGGUGAGAAGGACCACAACUACAAAACAUGUAAGGGAGCUCCUACUAACCCAAACUGGAAGUCGAAGACAAGGCGCCCUAGAAAGAAAGCAGCUAGCUCCUCUCAGUCACUGAUUGUGCUUCCACUGUCACAAUCUGCUCCCCCACCAGAGGAUGCAUCCAGCAGCCAACCAAGCAGCUCCACAAGCUUGACCCCAAACCCAACUGUUGUGGAAUCACCUGCCCCAAGCAAUCCACUUAUACCACCAAUUCCAACAAGGGUGACUAGAUCCACAUUUGUCAUUUCACCUCCAGGGCCAACAGCUACUCAAACCAGGCCACCGGCUCCAACUAUAGGUCGUCCAUUUAAACCUCCAAGGAAAGUCAAUGACACAGCUCGCCCACAACAGUCCAGGUUCAGACCAAAGCAGAAGAUCUUUAGGCCACCAGCUCCAAUUGCUACCUCCAGAAUCCAACCUAAUACACAACAGGCAACUCCAUCUACCAUCCCAUCUGCAGCACCGAAUCAGGAAGCGCCAUCCCCAAAUUUGCCAACUUCUCCAAAAACGAAGGACUCGAAAUAG